AACCGUAGCUCCACCUCUCUCCCACUGAGUUUUUUUAAAAUAUUUUUUAUGUAUAAUCCCUGAGUUGACCCAGAAAAUAAGCAGUCUGUGCAUCGGCCCUGCUUGAGCAUGAAGUGUAACCCUGUGGAAUACAUUCUGUAAUCUGAAGACACCUCGUUUUGCAAAACUAAAAUAGAAUGUAGCAGUAGCAAAGUCUUUGAACUUUAAUCCGAGUAGAUACGGACAGGAGCCAUGGCGGAUCAUCUAAUGAUGCCCAUGAACCACAACUCUGCAGGCAGGGGCCUCCACGGCUACAGACUGGGCAUGAACGGAGGCCUGGAGGCAGGCAAUCAGCAGCACGUAGUGCCUCAGCCCGGCCUUCGAGCCCUGCCCAAUGGCCAGAUGAUGCACUACGGUGGAGGACCUCAGCAGCAGGCCACCAUGGAGGUGGCCAUGAGGCAGCGGCAAGGCAUGGUGGGGCCCGUGAACAGACAGCUCAACGGGGCUCAGAUGGGCCACCACCAGAUUACGUCUGGUAACAUGAUGUACAACAACGAGCAGGCCCAGCAGCAACACCACACCCAGCACCAUCACAUGAGCCUCCAGCAGCACCCGCAGCAACAACAGCAGUAUAUGAAUGGUGGUCUCACGUCCCAGCAGCUCAUGGCCAGCAUGCAUCUGCAAAAACUCAACACCCAGUAUCAUGGACAUCCACUGGGACCCAUGAACGGCAACCACAUGGGCAACGGGGCAGCCCAGUACCGCAUUUGCCCGGCCCAGCUGGCUAACAUGCAACAGAUGGCCGGGCCGGCUCUGGCCUUGAACGGCAUGGAUGCGGACAUGAUUGACGAGGAUGUUUUGACAUCCCUGGUCGUGGAGCUGGGCCUGGACCGCAUUCAGGAGCUGCCCGAACUCUUCCUGGGCCAGAACGAGUUUGACUUCAUCUCAGACUUUGUGAGCAAACAGCUGCCCAGCACCAUCAGCUGCUGAGUGAGAGAGGACCUGAGUCAACGAUGCUUUGAAGGGGCCUGGAAGGGUGGAGAGUUUGGAAAGACUUGAGUAGUGUGUUGCCCACUGGAAACAACUACUGCUCCGCUUUUCAUUUUUGUGUUGUGCCUUUCACUCUAACAGUGCUAGGUCGCAGAGAAGAGUGAGCGAGAGACACUGGUCUAGAUAGCCACAGUGCUAUGGUGUCAUUUUGUGAAGUGACCAGAGGUGUGGUUCUGUGUUGGGUCGCAGCUCGCCUGUAAUGGGACAUCGUCCUCCAGCAUCUCUUCUCUCCAGAGAUGAAUGUAAACGAAACUGCUGAAUUUGUUCAGAGUGGCUUCUCAAUGUUAAGACACUGUUGCCUCCUACAUUGGACUCAAUGGCAGUUUAGUAGUAAGAUGUAUUUAUUUAUUACUCUCUCAGAGAAAUUAAUAUAGAACCAACCAGAGACCGACAGAUCGUCCAGAGAGAGAAUCAAGUUCUGUUGGUGUUUUGGGUAAGGUCAGGGGAAGCGCUAAGUUUGUCUUUUAACAUUUUUUUUUUUUUUAGUAAAUUGGUCUGGGCCUUCUUUUUGAAAAUAAGCCCCUCAAAUUCAUUUUUGAUCUUCCAAGAGCUUGGAUUUCUCUCCAAGAAUGGAGGCGGCAGUACAAGUAGAAUGCCAUUUCAUGGAUUUGAAUGGAAGUCUAUCAUAAUUGAAUAGCUCACUUUUGGCAAGGAUUGCUUUUAGUUGUGAUGUUCUCAAACCUACUACUUGUACUGUAUACAUCUGUGUUAAUACAGGAAAGUAUGUAAGAUAUAGAACUACAUUAAUUAUGCCAAUUUAUUUUCUUUACUGGUGGUUUUUAUCUUCCCUUUGCGGUCAAGACGGGGUUUUGAGGAUCAAUAAAAAUGGCCUGGAUAUAAGUGUGGCCUGCUUUUACAUUCAUUGCAGAGUAGAGCAUUAAACGUAAUCUGGGGGCUAAAGGGAAUUAUGCCACUUCAGGGCUUUCCAGCCUGCAUGGUCCAGGAUAUUAAAUAACUUAAUACUGAAUUAAUUUAUCUCAGGUGUCCCUGUUUAUUAGGAAUAUCUUUAUCUCCCUCAAGGUAUGCACAGUCUUUUGAUGACAGACAUUUACUGCUGUAAGCAGCAAAUUACCUUCAAUCCUGUCAUGGGAAAUGAUGACUGGUGUGUUAAAAUCAAACUCAAAGGUGCACUGCUAUCCACCAAAAAGCUGAAAGAAGGACCCACAUUGUGGUUUUAGUCAUUGCAUUCCUGAUUAUCCUGACACCAUUAAUAAAAAUAGAUUGAGGAAUGAAUUUCCUGGUUCCUAUGAGUUACGGUAACUUUUCUAUAUGUUGCUGGGUAGAAAGUAGGUGAGACCUGGGGGAGAUGGAGCGGGCCAGGGUUAAUCUACGCUUACCUUGAUGUGGGUUUAACUGAAUUCAUCCCCUGUAAAUUACUACCCCACAGGGGCAAAGAAGUAUGGCACACCUUUAGUGACAGUUGUUAGCUCUGAGACUGCACUUAAUGGUUGGUUGGGGAAGCAAAAUGAGUAUAGGUUAGUGCCAAUAAUAAAUGGCAUAUACAAGCAUGGCUUCUUCAAAAAAAAAUCUGUAUAAAUAUCCCAUGCCUUAUGCAAUGUUAUAGCCACCUGAUAUUAAUUCUAUUAAAUUCAAAUGAGUUUAAUAUUCUAUGGGGUUGGGGUUAGUAUUUUACCUCAGGGCAUGGAAUGCUUGAUUGAUGUCAUAUGGGAAUAUCACCUCCACAUCGAACAGUUAAAGUAGCAUUAUGCAGAAAUAACUCCAAUUUCCUGGUUGCUAAAACUCAUAGUUUGCCUAAUUUCAGUUAGUGACAAAAGAAGAAGAUAGUGUAGAAUCAUUGUACCAUCUAAGCUGCUGUGAAAUAUAUUUCACAUAAGCAAAAAUAUUGUUUCAGCUGUUUGAAGAUGCUGUACAAAAACAAAACGGGAAGCAUAGAAAUAGCGCACAUAGAACAGAUCUACCGCUUCUUAGACUUGCUUUCCAGUAGAUUGAUAGAUCUAUAACUCACAUUUUAUAUGUGCAUUUGGUCAGGUUGCCCAAAAGUUACAUAUUGCCAGUUUAAGAUAAUUUUUUUGGGAACUUGAUGAGUAACAAGUCCUCGCUUUUGUCUAACUCAUUCUAAAAGAGACAUCUAUUUUCAGUAGUUCAAUUGUGUAGAACAAGUUAGCCCUUAAAGCCAAAUUGAAACAUGGAAUCAACUGGAGGUUUGCUCUAAAUGAAACUCACUUGAUCUUAAUUUAACUUACAUUUGUGUUUGCCAAACACAAAAACUCUAGAUUCAGCCGAGGGCAUGUGGGGUUACUUGCGUUGUCAUGAGAAAGGCUGGGGCAUAAGCUACAAUUGCGCUGCCUCUUGGCACCAUCCUUAGUAAAGGUUGCAGGGUCCAUGCCCAGUCUACAGGGUCUUCCUGGGAACUGCCAGUGCAGGCUGUGCUGAGGCAGGUUGACUAACUGGCAGACCACUGGCUCCACAUACUGUAUAUCUGAAAACACACUGCAUUGCAAGGUCCCUCUUUAGCAUCAUUAAAAAAAGUGGUUUCUUAAUCAUUGUGCAUCCAGAGUUAAAUGGGAUUAUGUUCCAUACACCUGUUUGCUCACUCAAUCCCUUGUUAUGUCUCAGUCUCCUACAGAGGGGCCAGUCUAGACAUAGGCUAAGCAGGGUGUGACUGGAAGAAGUUUACAGUUAGCCUGUUUCUGUUUUUCUCUUUCUCUCAGACAAGGCAGCUCACCCACAACAACUGCUAGCUACGCAACUUUUCUUCUUCCUGUGUCGGCUUGCUGUUUUCUCGAUAUGUCAAAGCUCAAAACCCACAUGGAGAGAAAGACUGAUAGAAACAAAAUACUGCAUAUACUGUACACACCAAGGAAAUUCUCCAAUGUGAAAAAAAGUUACAUUAAAAAUUACUUCUUGAAA